AUGCAGCAGCUCAAAGGGAAGCCCAGGAAGGAGACAUGGAAAGACAAGAAGGAGCAGAAGCAAACCAUGCAGGAGGCCCGGCAGCAGAUCACCACGGUGGCACUGCCCACGCUGGCCACGGUCGUGCUCCUGAUCGUGGUGUUUGUGUACAUGGCCACACGCCCCACCAUCAACAACCCAAAGUCGCGUUCCCUGGAGGUGCGAAUCGCUGCUGGAACCUCGGCGCCGACGCCGGCAACAGGUUAA